AUGCGAAGUAGCCACAUUAAAUUGGAUGAGCAUUUCGAGAGGUGUCGAUUCGAAACAUUGAAAUAUAUAGAUUUCACAUAUUGUAAAAAUAUUACAAAAGUACCCGACUUAUCAGUGAUUACUCCAAACAUAAAAGAGUUGGAGCUUUUUAGAUGCAAAAAUUUAGUUGAGGUUCAUCAGUCCGUUGGACUUCUUGAAAAGCUUGAAAUAUGGAAUCUCAAUGAAUGCCGAAAUCUUAGAAUUUUACCAACAAAGCUCCAGUUGAAAUCUCUUAAAAGCUUUUAUCUCUUUGGCUCUGAAAGUCUUGACCAGGGAACGGAAAGAUUAGCGUUGCUUUCAUCAAUAGGAUAUCUCACUGGCCUUCGUGAGUUAACAAUAAGUUUAAAAAACGUGAAAGAUGUUCCAAGUAACAUCUCUGAUUUACAAAAUCUUAGGAGGCUCUCUAUGCAUGAAUGUGAUGAAUUUCCAAAAGCCAUGAAUACCCCUGGUUGCUUCCCCAAUUUAGAACGUCUACAUAUCUUUUACAGCAACAUUACUACCCUCCCUGAAAUUGCUAUCAUAUUUCCCCAAUUAAAGAUUCUAGUGCUUCACUAUUGCUGGAACCUUUCGAAAAUUCCAAGACUUCCACAUUGUAUACACGUUGUAUCUGCAAAAGGGUGUAAUUCAUUGAAUUCACAAUCAAGAAGAAGAUUAUUGAAUCAGUUUGGAGAAUUUAUAGGGCUUCAACAAAAUAUUGUAUGUGCAAAGGGAAUGCGGCAUCAGGAUUCUGAUUCUGAAACAAACUUUGAAUCAGAAUCAGAAUUUGAUCUCGAUGAAGCUACAUCUGAAACGGAUUUGACAUGGAAACUUUAUGAUUAUUAUUCACUUGCACUUCCAGGAAGUAAGAUUCCAAAGUGGUGGUUCAACCAUCAAAGUGUUGGAAGUUCCAUAUCAUUCUCGGUCGGUCGGAAACUUCCAUCAUUCGCUUUCUGUGUUGCACUAAAAGUGGAACUGAAGGAUGAUGUGCCAUAUGAAUAUGAAUUUCGUAUGUUUACCUGUUCUGUCUACAUGUGCAUCAAUGGUUUUGAAAGAGGUCUUGUACAUAUUAAUUUUAUUUUACCUCCAUCAUCUUUUAUGUGGUUCCACUAUAGAAGAGAUAGGUCUUUGGAAGACAUAAUUCUAGGGGAUUGGAAUGACAUUGAGAUUCGAUUUGAAUGUUCAAAUUAUGAUCCUAAAAUAACAAAAAUUACAAUAGAAAGGUGUGGAGUCCAUGUGUCAUGCAUUUGUCCUCCUUGCAACUUCGCAACAAAUGAGGAUACUGACUUCAACCCAUGUCCACCACUAAAGAAAAUGAGAACCUCUUGA